UAGUAAUAGAAUAAAUAAAAUAUGGAAAAGUGUAGUUGGGCGUGGAAACUCCAUAUAAGGAGUCUGUAAUAAAUAUACAGAAAUGUUUGAGAAAUAGAAAUAGUGCAUGAUGAAGAAGGUCGAAAGUGUAGCGUCUGCUGUCUAGGCCACCAACCAUUAUUCAGCUUCCACCCAACGCCUCUCUCUCUCUCUCUCUAUAAAUUUCACUCUCCAUCCCACUUUCUGAAUUCGUUUUCUUUUGCAUAAAAACAAACAAAUACACGCGUUUUCCUUUUCUCACUCGUCAUGUCUCACUAUCCCCACACACAACACCCCAAGCAAAUGCAUUUGCCCAUACUCAUACUGCUCCGUAUGUGCUGACACAAUUUCUACCCAGUUACAGAGUUAGAGAGCUUUGUUAGUUGUGUUGUGGGAGACUGCCGGAAUUCAAAAUUUUUAAAGAUUCUGCUUUUCUGCUGGGUUUCAAUAGAUCCUGUAUAAGAAACUAGAACGAUAUGAGGAUUCUCAAGUCUAUAGAUUGUUCAGACUGCCCAUUUUUCUGUGGAUUCUUGGUUGUGGAAGCUUAUCCCAAAAGGUAUUCUUCCAAGAUCCCCUCUGAUUUGGUGCUUUUCUUGGGCCUUGGCUUUAUAGAUUGGUAAUAUUUAUCUCAUCUUGCACCAAUAAUUGUGUUAAUCAUAUAUUUGUAUAUGAAAAGGGGGCGUGGUAUUUGGGCUUUUAUUUUUACAUUUAACAAGGAAGAAGAUGAAGAAACAGAUUCCGUGUAUCUUUUCUUUUUUGGAUGUUUUCCAUUGGUAGAAUCAUGGAUUUGAUUUGUGUGCUGCAAUAUCUUCGGAGGGUUCAAGGUGAUUCAUGGCUUGGGAUUGGGUAUCUAGCUUAGUUUUGCUUCUUGUAAUCUAGUUUAUGAUCAAGAUCUUGUUUGCUUUUGAGGGUUCUGUUUAUUUUCGUUCACUUUUUUCUUUGUUGGUCUUUUGGGGGAAUUUGGGCUUCAUUCCCUUUAAUUUGGGUUUAGGUUGUAGUUUCAUGAGCUUGGGUUGUGGGGAUUGGGGAAGUUGUGUUUAAAAUGAGCAAUUUGAGGGUUUUGUUGGAGAUGGGAGUUUGUAGCUGGGAUUGACCUUGAUGGAGGUGUUUAUAAGGAUUGGUUUUGUGUCAAAGUAGUUUUUGAGGUGAAACCCAUUACCUAAAAUUAUCCCUCAGCAGAAGAGAGGUUUUGCUAUGGGGGAUGCUCUUCUCACAACUCUGUCAAUGGAGAAUCAUCAUCCUUCCACCCUCUUGUCCAUGGAUUCAAGUGCCUUGUCUACUCACGACGAAUUGGACCUUGAGAUGAGCCGUCAGAUCCUCUUAACCCGCCCACCAGAUAUCAAUCUACCGCUUGCAGAGAGAAGCCCCCCUCCGCUGCAUUGGAACCCCGAACAGUGUGAUAUUCUUGAAGUUGGGCUUGGUAGUCAGAUGUAUGAGACGGAGACUUUCUUGAACGUCGCCAAAGUAGGAAGAAAGAUCGCGAAAAGGGUAGAUAGCAUCUGGGGUGCUUGGUUCUUCUUCAGCUUUUACUUCAAGCCUGUGCUAAAUGAGAAAUCAAAGGCCAAAGUAGUACUCGAUGGUAAUGGGAUUUCCGGCUUUGAUAAAUCUGACCUACAGCUCGAUACAUUCAUGGUUCAGCAUGAUAUGGAGAAUAUGUACAUGUGGGUUUUCAAGGAAAGGCCCGAGAACGCUCUAGGUAAAAUGCAGCUCCGGAGUUACAUGAAUGGCCAUUCUCGCCAAGGAGAGCGCCCCUUUCCAUUUAGCGUUGAUAGAGGGUUUGUCCGCUCUCACAGAAUGCAGCGGAAACACUAUAGGGGGCUCUCAAAUCCACAGUGUGUCCAUGGUGUUGAGGUUGUCCCUUCCCCCAGUCUCAGGAGUCUUGAUGAAGAUGAUCGGAAGAGAUGGAUUGAACUGACAGGAAGGGAACUGAACUUCACCAUUCCUCUUGAAGCCAGUGACUAUGGUACGUGGAGGAAUCUCCCGAGCACUGAAUUCGAACUUGAUAGGCCGCUUGCUCCAGUCAAGGCCAAUCCACACUCUCAGUCGAAGAAGCUGCUGAAUGGCUCCGUUCUAAACUUGUCCGCUCAGCUGGCUAGCCACGUCAAUGGGGACAACGCGGAUGCUUCACCUGUCUGUAACAAACGAAAGAAGGAUUUCUUCCCACAGGCGAACAACGAUGACUGUUAUGUUGCAGUGCAAUCUCCCAGUAAAAUUCCUGACUUGGAAGUUCACCCUAAUGAGCCACACUGGUUAAAUAGAUUUAGUGGGGUGCUGAGGAAUGUUUAUGGCCCCGUUACGGCUGCCAAGACGACUUACGAGGAUGAACAAGGCUAUCUGAUUUUAAUCAGCUUGCCAUUUGUAGAUCUCCAGAGGGUGAAAGUUUCUUGGAGGAACACUCUCACUCAUGGGAUCAUCAAGGUAUCUUGUACGAGUACAUCUCGUACCCCAUUUAUCACGAGACACAAUAGGACUUUCAAGCUUACAGACAUGUCUUCCGAGCACUGCCCGCCAGGUGAAUUCGUUCGAGAGAUUCCACUCUCCACCCGUAUUCCUGAAGAUGCUAAGAUAGAAGCAUAUUACGAUGGACCAGGUACAGUGCUCGAGAUAUUGGUGCCUAAGCUCCGAGAGGGGCCAGAGGAACACGAAGUUCAUGUGUGUCUCCGACCUCUCCACGGGGUUAACAAUCUUAUGUUGACCUAAAAAUGUUACUAGGUCAGAUGCACAACGAAGGCUGUCGAUGGUGCUGUAAGCUAAUGUAUGGAACAGAAUAUCUUUCUGAGUUAUGUUUGCGGCACUAAGUGCACAUUCUUCUGAAUAGCAAAACUGCGUUUGGCUUGGAAGUUGUAUUUUGCAUUUGCCCCCUUCAAUGGGGUCUUGUUAUCUAAUUAUUUUCUCUUGGAUAA